AAUCACGUGAAGGUAACGUACGCUAGACCAGGAAGUAAAAAUACAAAGUUCGUCUUGUUAAACUUGUACAGAUUUAUAAUUUGUUCACGAAGAAGUGGUACACAACACGAAAAUUCUAUUAAUGAAAAAUUCCAUCAAGGUUCCUGAGCAUGGACCCCCAACGUAGUGCCCAGGAUGUGUUACGGUGUGAUCUCUGUGAGACCCCGGUCCCCCUUACAGAGUGUAUGUGCUGUGAUAUUUGUGACAAAUAUCUGUGUAGCCCAUGUGUAGGGAAGCAUCUCUCAGAUCUAUCCAAAGAACACAAAGUGGUGCCAUUUGAAAAGCGGGGAUCAACCACGAAAUGUCAAAAACAUUCCUCAAAAACAUGCGAAAUUUUCUGUAAACAAUGCGACAUUCCUAUUUGUGUAAAGUGUGCUUCUUCUAAAGAACACAUAGGUCAUGAAUUUAUUGAAGUUGUGGAAACACUAGAAAACCAAAAAGAAAUCAUACUCAAUGAUUUGCAAGAACUGGAAAAAUCUGUCUAUCCUAAAUAUCAGGAGAUUGCAUCUAUCAUCCCAGUUAUGAAAGCUGAUCUGAAUGAAAACUCCAAGAAACUGAUAAAAGCUAUUGACAAACAUGGAGAAGACUUGCACAGAGAAAUAGACACCAUAAUCAAGAAACUGAAAUCAGAUCUUGAUGAAAUGGACUCCAAUUAUCUGACUGUACUAAAUAAACAGGAAAAUGAAAUCACCCGCAAUAUUUCUGAAAUCAAACAGAGCAUUGCUGAUCUGAAGAAGUUACUAAACUCAAAUGAUGUCAGUCUCAUCUCUGCCUAUAAAUCCAGGAAUGAUGAAUUUAGAAGAUUGCCUCCUAAACUCACAGCUACCUUACCAAAAUUUACCCCUGAGAAAAUAAACAAAGAACAGCUUUAUCAACAGUUCGGUUCUCUGUCAGCGUUAUCAAUCAAAACAGAAGAAUAUGGCUACACAAUGGAUUCUCCUCAUGCAGAGUCCUCUCCCCCAGACAGACCUCUCAUUAAUGUACCACGGGUCAUCACAGAAAUAAAUACCGAGUUUGGACAUAAUAAUCCAUUAUGCCGUGUGGCAUGUCAGAGUGAUGAAGACGUUUGGACAUGUGGUUGUGACAAUAUUAUGAGACUCUACAACCUUCAGGGUGAGCUACUGAAGUCAGUCCAAACAAAGUCGCGGAACAGUCCAUAUGAGAUAGCAGUGACAAGGAGUGGGGAUUUAGUUUAUACAGAUCAAGAUGAUAAAACUGUGAACAUAAUAAAGAAUACGCAGAUACAGACAGUGAUCAGACUACAGGGGUGGAGACCUCUAAGUUUCUGUUGUACCUUUUCUGGUGAUAUCCUGGUUGUCGUUAUCGGUGAUAAUGAUAAACAAACAAAAGUUGUGCGUUACUUUGGCUCCAUGGAGAAACAAAGUAUUCAAUACAAUGACAAAGGACAGCCUCUCUAUUCAACAAGUGCCCCAAAAUACAUCUGUGAAAACAGAAACCUAGAUAUCUGUGUGUCAGAUUAUGACGCCCAUGCAGUAGUGGUGGUCAACCAGGCUGGGAAACUCCGCUUUACCUACACUCGUAAAAGCUCUAGUACUACCUUGGGAACUCCAUGUGGCAUCGCUACAGACAGCCAAAGUCGGAUCCUAAUAGCAGACAGUAUCAAGCACAUUAUCCAUAUCCUGGAUCAGGACGGAGAGUUCCUCCGCUACAUUGACAACUGCCAAUUACAGACUCCAUGGGGUUUAUGUGUGGACUCCAGGGACAACCUCUUAGUGGCCGAGCUCUACAAAGGCAAAGUGAAGAAAAUACAAUAUUACAAAUAAACCAUGUGUUCCUGUCAACAUAGUUAGUGUGGUGGUGAUUAUAAAUGUGAUAAUUAAAUCAGCCUUUGUAACACAUAUUCUUGCAUUACAGAUGUAAACAAACUGAGUGUAUAUUCAUAUAACUUGUGCAAACAGACGUUGCGUACAUGUGAUAAAUGAAAGCGAAAUGUUUUUAUUCAUUAAAUGUAUUUCAUUAAUGUAUACAUGUAUGUAGAUUGAAAUGUUUAAUUUAUAAACUAAACAAAAAUAAAAUUUGUCAUAAAAUGUAAACAGAUUAAAUUUAAUCACCACAGUGUUGCAUUACUUAA